AAAACUAAUCGUCGUUUUUAGACUAGCGCGCACGAAAGCAAAAAUCUCGAAACUAAUGGCGAGGGCCCUUUCGAACUCCUCCUUUCGGUCUCGCCUCUUCUCCUCGGCUCCGUUCUCGUUGAAUCUCCUUAACGGAUCUCAAUCGAGGAGCUUUGAAACCCUAGCCUACGAGGAGAUCCCAUCGCCCGAAAAGCCUUUCAAUUCCACGGCCUUCGUUCUUCACGGGCUGCUCGGAUCCGGGAGAAACUGGAGGUCUUUUGCUCGCAGCCUCGAGUCUGAGCUCAAGAAAUUCAAUUCUCCAGAUGAGUGGAGGAUGGUUCUUGUUGAUCUGAGGAAUCAUGGAAAUUCAGCUGGAAUAAAAGGGCUGGAUCCUCCUAGUGACAUGGUGAAUGCAGCUAGAGAUCUAGCUAAUCUGGUAAAGUCUCAAGGAUGGCAGUGGCCAGAUGUCGUCAUUGGUCAUUCCAUGGGGGGAAAGGUCGCCUUGGAUUAUGCUGCAAGCUGUGCUCGUGGUGACUACGGGGAAUCUGCUGUGCUUCCCAAACAGCUUUGGGUGUUGGACUCUGUUCCUGGAGAAGUGAACUCUGAUGAUAGUGAUGGAGAAGUGGAGAAAGUUUUGCGAACCCUUAACAGUUUGCCUUCAUCACUUCCAUCUAGGAAGUGGGUUGUUGACCACAUGCUUGAGCUCGGGUUUUCCAAGUCCCUUUCUGAGUGGAUAGGCAGCAACUUAAAGAAGGAAGGCGACAGAGUAACCUGGGCUUUUGACCUCCAAGCUGCCAUUGAGAUGUUCAAUUCCUACAGGGACACGAGCUAUUGGUCUCUAUUGGAGCACCCGCCCAAAGGAUUGGAGAUUGUCAUCGUUCGAGCUGAGAAUAGCGAUAGAUGGCAUCCACACGUACUCGAGAAGCUGGAGCAAGUCUCCCAGAAAAGGGGGAGUGCCGAAGAGGGGAAGGUUUCUCUUCAUGUUCUCCCGAAAGCUGGUCACUGGGUGCAUGUAGAUAAUCCGAAGGGGCUUCUUGAGAUAAUGGCACCCAACUUUGUGAAGAAGGCUUGAGAUCACGUGUUUUUUUUUGGGUCUGUGUUGUCGUUAAUAAUAAUUUUGCUUCUCAAAACUAAAUCCCGAAAGCAGUUGUAUUGAAUUUUGUUUAUUCACAAUUGAUGUAUCCGUUGGUAUUUACAAACGCGCGUCUAAUUUGUGUU